AUGUCCUACUUCCUCCCCCAUCUUCCCUCGGGCUGGCACGUCGACGAAGCCAUCAAGUCCGAAGAAGACCGUGUCGUCGUCAUCCGCUUCGGGCACGACUGGGACAGCCAGUGCAUGACUAUGGACGAGACGCUCUACUCCGUCUCCGAGAAAGUCCAGAACUUUGCCGUUGUCUAUCUGUGCGAUAUUACGGAGGUCCCGGACUUCAACAAGAUGUACGAGCUUUACGAUCCCUGCACAGUCAUGUUCUUCUACCGGUUGGUGUCUGUUCCCUCCAUUUGCCCCCAAAAGCUCACUCUAUCGUUUAAUGGCAGGAACAAGCAUAUCAUGAUCGAUUUGGGUACUGGCAACAAUAACAAAAUUAACUGGGCUAUGGAUAACAAACAGGAAAUGAUCGACAUCAUCGAGACCGUCUACCGUGGAGCGUCCAAGGGACGUGGCCUCGUUGUUUCACCCAAGGGUACGUUUAUGCUCUAUCUUACUGCCAAUUCCCUGAUAUGA